AGCGAAACCUCCGAGGAGUGGACUGAGGUUUACUGUAAAAAAUCGGGCUGGCAGCAGUAAAACUCUGAACUAAGUCCUCUGCCAUAAAGUCCGGAGAGGACAGGAGAGAGUGUGACCAGCUGAAGUGAGAAGAUAAACUACCCUAUCAUCAAACAACUGAUUCUCAAGGAUCUUAGGGAGCAAGAUGAAUUCAUUUGCAGAAAAACUUUCAUUGUUGCCUGAGAUUAUCCAGCCUAUAUUGAAAAAUACAGACAUGAACAUAGAUAUAGCAAUCAAUAUAUAUGAGAGGUUUAUGGAGGUUUUCAGUGAUUGUGGAAUGAAGGAAGCAGCUUCUGAGAUCAAAGAUGAGAUGGAGGAGAUGGAAAACACUGAGCUUAACAUUGCCAUCACUGGAGAGACAGGCUCUGGGAAAUCAUCCCUCAUCAAUGCUCUCCGAGGCCUGAAGGCAGAAGAUGAUGGUGCUGCCCCUGUAGGAGUGACAGAAACUACACUGAAUCCAAAGGUUUAUACCCAUUCUAAUUAUCCCAAAGUGAAAUUCUGGGACCUGCCAGGAAUUGGAUCCCCAGAUUUCUCCCCAGAGAGUUACCUUAAGAUGGUGGAUUUCCCCAGCUAUGACUUCUUUAUCAUUGUUGGCUCAGAGAGAUUCCGAUCCAACGACACUGGCCUAGCUCAGGCAAUCCAGAAGAUGGAGAAGAAGUGUUAUUUUGUGCGCACCAAAGUAGAUGCAGAUCUAUACAACAUGGAAAGGUCUUACCCAAAUACCUUCAAUGAAGAGGAAGUCCUUGAGAAGAUGAGGAAUGACUUAAAGAAGCAGCUUAAGAAGUGCUUCAGGAGCACCAUCCCUCAAGUCUUUCUGAUCUCCUCCUGGGACCUUGCCAAGUAUGACUUCCCACGACUGGUGGAGACGUUGGAGAAAGAUCUGCACAGUCUGAAGAAACAUGCAUUCCUGCUCAGCCUUCCCAUGUUUUCCCCUGAAGUCACGGAAAAGAAGAAAUCUGUGCUGAAGAGCCACAUAUGGAAAAUAUCCCUGGUGUCUGCUUGCAUCAAUGCUUCUUCCAUUCCAGACAAUCCUCUGGCUUGUGACCAUCCUCUGGCUUGUGAUGCUUCCCUCUUGCAAAGGUCCAUGGUUGACUUCUACAAGAUAUUUGAGUUGGAUGGUGACUCCUUAACUAGGCUGGCCAGAUUGGCCAGGAAGCCUGUUGAAGAACUGAAGGCUGUGAUGAAGUCUCCUCAGAUGGAAGAAAUUACCAUCGAUUUCGUGAUAAAGAAAAUACUGCAAUAUAUCAAUACUGCAAAAGAAUUAUUCCUAUCUUUAGUUGGAAGAUUGGUAGCAGCAUCUUUUUCUAUCAUUUAUUUGAUGCUGUCGAGGUUUGUCAGUAAUCUAGCUGAGGAUGCUGAAAGGGUUCUAAAGAAAGCCCUAGAACCAGAGCCCUAGGCAGAGCACCCAGGUAGGCACAAGACAUGAUGCAACCUCUGGGUAUACGGCAGUAUACAAAUUCAAUUAAUAAUAAAAAUAAUAAAGUUGCAGAUUUUGUGGAAUGCAGUCUUGCUUUUCUUCAAUAAUUCAGAUGGGAAGGGAAAAUAAAUACCUCCUUCAAAGGGGAAUUUGGGAAUAAAUAUCCCUUCCUUGGAGCGUCUCCCUCUCACAUUUGGCCUAUGUAAUAUUUUGCUUCCUGCCCAAUUCUAGCCUUGCUGAUUCAGGCAAUUAUGAUUUGCUUAAGGUUUAGUCAAGGUUUCUCAGCCUUAACAAUAUUUCAGAUUUGUACUGCUAACAUAUUAUACUGUGUUUAUGUUAUUAACCUCAUUUAUCUUAUUGUCUGUAGUGCUCAAUUAAGUUCCACCAAGUAAAGGAAAUGCAUUUGCUAUGUGCCUGAAGACUCAUCCUUGAACACUGAAUUUUCUGUGUUGAUAUGUAGGGGGGCAAAUUUCAUCAUAAAGGGAACUGAGAUGAGA